CCGGGCCCUCUUCAUAAGGGCCGGGCCGCCCUCCCCUCGGGCAGCCCCGCACGCCAUGGCCGAGCGCCGCGUCCCUUUCACCUUCCUGCGCAGCCCCAGCUGGGACCCCUUCCGCGACUGGUACCAUGGCAGCCGCCUGUUCGACCAGUCCUUCGGGAUGCCGCACAUCCCCGAGGAUUGGUACAAGUGGCCGAGCGGCAGUGCCUGGCCCGGCUAUUUCCGCCUGCUGCCCCGGGAGAGCGCCCUGAUGCCGGCGCCGGGCUCGCCCUUCGGGCAGGCGCUGAGCCGGCAGCUGAGCAGCGGCAUCUCCGAGAUCCGCCAGACCGCCGACAGCUGGAAGGUCACCCUGGACGUCAACCACUUCGCCCCCGAGGAGCUGGUGGUGAAAACCAAGGAUAACAUCGUGGAGAUCACCGGCAAACACGAGGAGAAGCAGGAUGAGCACGGCUUCAUCUCCAGAUGCUUCACCCGAAAAUACACCCUUCCCCCGGGGGUGGAGGCCACGGCCGUGCGGUCCUCGCUGUCUCCCGAUGGAAUGCUGACGGUGGAGGCGCCCCUGCCCAAACCCGCCAUCCAGUCUGCCGAAAUCACCAUCCCCGUCACCGUGGAGAGCCAGGCCAAGGAGCCGGCCAAGAAGUAGGCGGCACCGAGGAGAAGGAGGAGGAGGAGGAGGAGGAGGAAGAGGAGAAGCCGCCGCUGCUACCCCCGCCCCCAGCUGCCCCCUCACACCCACCCCCUUUUUACUGUUGAUUUUGUACUCGCCCUGCCACUGAGUGCCUUGAGUAAAUGUGAAGGAACCGACAGAAUCAGCCGGAAUAAAAGCUGGUGAAAGAAA